CUUUCGCCCUUGCAUCAUCCCCUCAUUCUAUUCGUCUGCUAAAGGACAUUUACACUUUCCGCUUUAAAUUCAUGUAGACUGACUGGCUAGUUGGGUUUUAUCAGUCUAACAUCACUUCGCAAUCAAAAAUUCCGCACAUCAUGCGUGAUACUGUCUUUUGUGUUUUAAUUUUGUUUAAAGCUGUUUAAAACGGUGCUGUGGUAAUUUAUUUUGAGGGCUCGGAAUUAAUUUGCGCAAGAGGAUGAUAGUUACCUCCACAAUCUGCGUUAUCUUGGGCUGGUAGGCAGAGUUCGUUAGGAGGUUGUCCUCCUUUCCUCGGCGAGUUGUAAAUCCGAUCCCGACCACUCGUGACGCUUAUAUUUCGCGCCCUUCCCUUCAAUCAAGGCGCGAUUGGAAGUUUUCUUGUGCAUUAAUGGUCAAAGUAUCAUUUUCUGAUGUCAGAACAUGAAUUCUUCCCUCAGAUUAGGCCAGUGCCUUCGCGGUCAGAAUGGAAUAUACACUGUUGGCAAACAAUUGCAGGAAACGGUUUGGGUGGCAAGGUAUGAAGCUACUGCAAAUUUCAUGGAGGCUCCGCUUAUAACAGUUCUGUAUAGCAAAUCUGGAAGCAAUCAACCAGUGAUUGUGAAAAGUGUCAAUCAUUUUCGUCUUCAGAAUGAGCGUGAUAUUCUUAACUGCUUUCAAUCCCGCACCCCCUUCAUACGCCCCUUAGUCGACGAGAUUAUUGAGCCAUCAAAUCCACCCGCUAUAGUCCUGAAAUAUUUAGACGAUCACCUUCUCAAUGCCUCUGUCUCUAAACGACUUACAAGUCAGGAAAUUAGAUAUGUUGCAAGAAGGAUUUUAGAAGCCCUGAAGGUUCUACAUGAAAAUAAUUUUGUCCAUACAGAUAUCAAGCCCGACAACGUUCUGGUAAACUAUGGCCAAGGGAAUGUACGGUUUACAGAUGUCCAACUUGCAGACUGUGGAAAUACAGUUCCUACGGAUUCAGCGUAUGCCAAGGAUAGUGACUUGAUUGGAGCACCUAUAUGGAGAAGUCCUGAAGCACAGCUCCGAAUUGGCUGGGGCACGCCAACGGAUAUAUGGUCUUUUGGCGCAUUGCUUAUAACCUUGCUCUAUGGAGAUAAUUUCUUUAUUUUUAAACCAGAUAUUCCCGCAGAUCAUGAUGAUUAUGAGUUAAAGAUUCUUCAGAGACAGUGUGAGUUCUUUGGGCCAUUCCCUUUGACAUACCGCGAAAUCUGCCCUCAGGAAACAUUGAAUAUUCUGGCAUAUAUUAUGAAAAGUAUUCCCCCCGAAAAGAAAAAACCAUUUACAAGGAUUUCGGAAAAGGAGAUCUCUAGAGAGGACAAGGAAUUCAUUCUCAGGAUCAUGAAACUUGACCCAAGGGACAGACCGUCAGCAGCAGAGCUUUUGCAGGACAAGUGGUUUUGUUAGAGGCCCAUCCUAACAGCACGAACUUGAUAAAGGACUCAGCUCGGUGCUGGUCCUAUCAAGGGCGAUAAAACACUUAGUCACAUUUCUUCACACUUCUACAACUCCUGAAUUCCUGUUCAACAAUUCCUUUUGUACCUACAGUAUAUCUAUAUUGGAUUAAUCUAUCAGUAUUGCAUAUGUAUAUUCUUUAUUAUAACUAGACUG